AGCUCCUGUUGGACCGAAAUGCAAGGAGUUUUCAAGAAAAACACUAAACCUAAGGACCAAGAGGCCUAUGCUUCUGUUAUCGAUGGAUUAUCUCGCCUUUACACUCAAAAGCUGCUUCCUUUGGAGACGACCUACAAAUUUCACGAGUUCCAUUCACCUGCCCUUGAGAAAGGGGACUUUGAGUCCAAGCCUAUGGUACUUUUGAUAGGACAGUAUUCAACGGGGAAAACUACGUUUAUUCGCUACUUAUUAGGUCAAGACUUUCCUGGGAUACGCAUCGGUCCGGAACCAACUACUGAUAGUUUUAUUGCUGUGAUGUAUAACGAAAGAGAGGGCGUGAUUCCUGGGAACGCUUUGGUUGCAGACCACAAAAAACAAUUCCGACCUCUAGAUCGGUUUGGCAACAACUUUCUCAACCGAUUCCAGUGUGCCCACCUGCCCAAUGAAGUGCUUGAGAGCAUAACGUUUAUCGACACUCCAGGUAUACUCAGUGGAGAGAAACAGCGGCUUGACCGGGGUUAUGAUUUUUCUGGUGUGAUUGAGUGGUUUGCUGAACGAGUCGACAGAAUUAUUCUUCUGUUUGAUGCUCACAAAUUGGAUAUUUCCGAUGAGUUCAAGCGUGUCAUUGAAGUUUUAAAGGGCAACGAAGAUAAAAUUCGCAUUGUCCUCAACAAGGCUGAUAUGGUAGAUGCACAACAACUAAUGCGGGUCUACGGCGCCUUAAUGUGGAGUUUGGGUAAAAUCCUCUACACUCCCGAGGUAGCGCGCGUCUACAUUGGCAGCUUCUGGGAUCGUCGUCUACUCUUCGACACGAACCGCAAACUUUUCGAAUUGGAACAACGUGAUUUGUUCCGGGAUCUGAGCACUCUUCCAGGUGAUGCGGCACUACGAAAACUUAAUGAUAUCAUUCGACGGGCACGACUGGCGAAGGUCCACGCCUAUAUAAUUGGUCAUCUAAAGAAUGAAAUGCCCGCAAUAAUGGGGAAGGAUGCCAAGAAAAAGGAACUGAUCAACAACUUGGGCAAAGUGUACGAAACCCUGUCGCGCUUGCACCACAUAUCCCUGGGUGAUUUUCCCAAUGUUCAACGAAUGCAAGAAUGUCUCGCACUUCAUGACUUCCGCACAUUUCCAAGUUUGCAGCCGAAACUGGUCAAAGCAGUGGACGAUAUGCUGUCAAACGAUAUGGCUAAACUUAUGCAAAUGAUCCCACAGGAACAAAAAGCCAAUGCGCCCGUUCAUGAGCCAGUACGCGGUGGCGCUUUCGAUUCGAACGAUACUCCAUUCAGCUAUCAGGCCAGUGAGGGUAUUAACCAGGGUAUGUAUGAUAGUGAGUGGAUCGUCUCUCGCGAGCGAGCUGAAGCGGAUUCGAUAUUCCUUACUUUGGAUCCCGUAAAUGGGAAGAUAAGUGGUGCAUCCGCUCGAAGUCACAUGAUCAAAUCACAGCUUCCCAACAGCACUCUGCGAAAGAUCUGGAUCCUUGGAGAUGUGGACCGUGAUGGCUAUCUGGAUGAGGAUGAAUUUGCCCUAGUUUGUCAUCUAAUAAAACUACAACUCCAAGGGGAUGAACUUCCCACCACUUUGCCAAAGCACUUGAUUCCGCCAUCGAAACGACAAACAGCACAGGAGCCUAUCGAGAACGGUCAUGAGUUGAACUACUGAGUUUUCUACGCAUUUGCUUUGUAGUAGAGGUUCUCUGAUUCGUCAACUCAGUAUUUGUGUCUGGUUUGAAUCAGACUGGGCAGUUUGUGCUCACAAAUUGAAUAAUUCAUUUUGGCGGCUCCAUCGUUGUCGCACGACGAAACUUCGUCCUUGUUCUUAUAAACUCAGAUCGUCACUGACUUCAGGUGCACUAGCCUCACUAUGUGGGCCUGCGUUGGACACUGCGUCCAUCACGUACCUUGUAAUCCUUAUUUGAUUCUACUUUCUCUUCGCCCUUGGGUGUGCCCUGCCAGUUCCUUAUGUUGUUUCGCUGUUUUGCAUCUGCCUUCAACCGCGUUUCUGACUUCCAUCUUUGAAGCCCACUUGUAAAUCUACUGGUUACCUGCUAUUAUUAUGUCUGUGCAAUCAGAACUUUCAUUGUGCUGCAGCUCCAGGUUUUAUUUGGUUUCAUUUUGUGUACAGUUUUCGUUAACCUCCAGGACUGUCUAUGCAUUCGUAUAGAGGCGCUUCGCGUUCACUCUUCAAAGGAGCUGUCGUUCUAAUUCGUUCUUGAUUUCGC